AUGAGCACAGAACCAGCUUGUUCUUUAAUGAGCCAAGGAACCACCAAGACAUACAAACUUCCUAUCGAGCACCUGGAUUAUAGCUUUGUGGAGAAAUGCACUGAUGUGAAGUAUUUGGAAAAAGUUCUUAUUGUGUUAAGAUCAGGUGAAGAGGGAUUUUACCCUGAUCUGAUAAGAUUUUGUGAGAAGAAAAUUGAAAAGCUGGAUCCUAAAAGUCGUAUCCUUCGAACAAACAACCCACCAGCAACUGCUGCUAGCUUCACCAAAGAAGAAUGGCAAGAAAUCACCAGUGACCUGAAGAGUUGGACAGAUAAAAUGAAGCAAAAGGAAAAUGAAGCAAAAUGUAGAAAAGUUGAAUGUUUUAAUUCCGAAAAACAAGCACCUGUUCGUGGUGUUAAUGCCUCAGUUCUUUCCCAGCAGAGUGGCUUUGGUGAUCAAAAAUCAACAAAGAAGAGGAGAAUUAUCCCUAGGGAUUAUAGAGAAUGGGAUAAGUUUGACGUGGAGAAAGAGUGUUCCAAAAUUGAUGAAGGAAAGCUAAAAAGCAGUUCCAAAACAAUUGUCAAUGAUGGCAUUUCUAGCUUCGGAAAGGAAAUUGACACAACAGGUAUGACUGAUCAAGAAAAGAUGGUUUUAUCUGAUCGAGAGAGGGACAAGGGAAAUGAAGCUUUCCGAGCUGGUGACCACAAGGAGGCUUUGCUUUACUACACCAGAAGUAUAUCAGUCAUACCAAACGUGGCUGCAUUUAACAACAGAGCUCAAGCAGAAAUUAAGCUUCAGAACUGGCAGAAUGCCCUUAAUGAUGUUGAAAAAGUGUUGGAGUUAGACCAUGGCAACUUGAAAGCACAUCUACGUCGUGCCACUGUUCAUAAACAACUGGGUAACUAUCAAGAGGCAAAAGAUGAUUUGAAGAUGGUGUUACAAGCUGAACCAGACAAUUCGAUAGCAAAGAAUUUGCUUGAGCAAGUUGAACAGAAGCUGAAAGCUUCUCAGCCUGUUGGGAGAACACAGAAAAAGGGAAGAAAGAUGUUUAUCAAAGAAAUAGAGGGCUCUGAUGAUGAGAACGAAAGAGAAUUGAUGAAUAAGAAUGAAGAAUCUAGUAAGCCGGUGGGUGGAAGGACAUCAAAAGCAAAGACUGUAAUGGGGAAUACACAGAAAAAGUGUUCUCACAAACGGGAAGGUCAGACUAAUGAAAAGAACUGCACUAAAGGAAAGGAUACUGGCAGUGCUACAACAUGGAACAACACGAAAAAAGAAGCUAAAGCUAAUUCAUCAGCACUGAGCAGAACUGAGCCAAGUAAAUUUGGGCAUGAAACUAAGGGUGAAAAUGUCAAGAAUGUUACAAUUCCUGAGGCAAGAAAAGGUCAUGAACCUCCGAGAACUGAUUUGGGUCAAAUGUUUCCAUCUGGGUCAAGUUCAGAGACAGAAAAAGGAAAGAAUAAUACAUGGGCCUUGCCCCCUGCUGUGGCAAAUCUUAAGAGUGAAGGAAAUGAGCUGUUUAAAAAUGGACAGUUUGGAGACGCAGUGAUCAAAUACACAAAAGCCAUUGCAGAGCUAUUUGAAUCAGGAGUGGAAAGUCCACAAGAACUGAGCAUCUUGCACUCAAAUCGAGCAGCAUGCUAUCUGAAGGAUGGAAAUUGCACUGAGUGUAUCAAGGAUUGUACUAGAGCUUUAGAGCUGCAGCCAUUUUCGGUGAAACCUCUCUUGCGACGGGCCAUGGCUUAUGAAUCCCUAGAACGUUAUCGGCAGGCUUAUGUGGAUUAUAAAACAGUACUUCAGGUGGAUAGCCGGAUCCAACUUGCAAAUGACAGUGUCAACAGGAUAACUAAGACACUAAUAGAAGAAGAUGGUGUAAACUGGAGAGAAAAAGUAUCAGCAAUCCCAGUAGUCCCUGUAUCUGCACAGCAACAUAGGUGGGAGAACGAUUCUAUUUCCCAUGCUGCUGGAAGUAAAAUCCAGAUGACUAAUGAAAACCAACACACAUCUCCAAACCAUGGUAAAAAUGUAGAAGAACAUUUUAUUUCCUUGAAGCAGGAAGGUAAUAGUUUUGUGAAGAUGACCCAGUACAAAGAAGCCAUUGCAAAGUACAGUGAAUGCUUAAAAUUGAAAAUCAAUGAAAGCACAAUUUAUACAAACCGAGCUCUAUGUUAUUUGAAACUGAAUCAGUAUAAGGAGGCUGAAGAGGACUGUAAUACAGCUCUGCAGUUGGAGCCCGCUAAUAUAAAAGCAUUUUACCGAAGAGCCCUGGCUUACAAAGGGUUAAAAUGCUACAAAUCUAGUAUUGAAGAUCUCAAGAAAGUACUGAAGCUUGAUGUAAAUGUUGCUGAAGCUCAAAAAGAAUUGCUGGAGGUAACAGAACUUUUGAAAAGAGGGGGAGAAGGAGAACCUCUUCACAAGAUCAGAAAUCAAGAACAACCAAGAAAAAGUAUCGAAAUAAAGGAGGUUGCUGAUAGUGAUGAAGAGGAGGAGAAAGUAAUGAAAAAAACCAGUGAGCAAGAAAUUCUAAGUAACCCUGAAACUGGACAAGUGGAUUCUGUAAUAAAGAAGAAUGCAUCAACUCGACAAGAAACUUUUGAAAAUUCUCAGCCACUACCAGAAAAAGGAGCUAACUUAAAGCCAAUGAAUGCAUAUGAAUUUGGUCAAGCCUUAAAUUUGUUGCAGGCCAAGAAGGAUCUUGCUGCCUGUGCGGAGCUGCUAAAAAAUGUAGAACCAGAGGACCUACCAUCCAUGAUGAGCAAUAAACUAGACGGUGAUGUGUUCACUAUACUUAUUCAGACUUUGAAAGGACACCUUUUAGAAAAGAACCCCAGCCUUGUGUAUCAGCAUCUUGUUCACCUGUGCAAAACAGAAAGGUUUAAGAUGGUGUCAGUGCUUAUAGGUAAAGAAAGAGAACAAGUGCAACAACUCUUCAGCUGUCUGGCACAAAUGAAAAGUGAUGACUUCACUUCUGAAGAUGUACAAAAUCUAGCAAGAAACUAUGAUGUACAAUGUUAGUUACUUAGCAAGAAUCACAAGGUUAAUAUUUUGUCUGUGCAACUCAGGAGGUUAAAAAUUGUACGGCUUGUGUUACAUACUUGAUUUCCACUUUAUUUUUCCUUGAAAUGAGCAAAUAUUGACCUAGAAAUUAAAUUGCUAAUCUUUUACUUCUUAUCCUUCCCUUUACUGUUUGUUCAAAAGUACACCACCUAAAAGUCCAUCUGUAUAAAACUGUUAAUUAAUGAUUUUUUUUAUUAUUUGUUAGCCUAUGUUGGUUUGCUCUAAAGAAACAUUAAGUAAUUUUCAUUGUCAUGGGCUUCAUUCCUGAAAUAUAAACAAGCAAGCAAGACCUGUUAAUUCUUCGUUCAAAAACAAAAUCCUGCAAAUUCCAGGAAUCUGAAAUAACCUCAAGAAAUGCUGGGAGUAUUCAGGUAGCAUUUAUGACAAAAAACAGGAGUUAAUAACCCAGAUUGUACACUACAAGGAUAGUCAUUACUAAAGCGUACACUGGAAUUAAAUGUCAAAACCAUGUGAAAUUUUGUUACAGCUGACUGUUUAGAAACUUGAAAUUUCUCUGGGCAAUUACCUGACAUUUGGAACCCUUCAAAAGUUCCCCUACUCUGAGUUAAAGUCAGAGACUUUGGAUAGUUCUGACUUACUUACCUCAAACGUUAGACACAAGGAGAGAAAAGGAUUAAAAUCUCUUCCAGUUUCUGGCUAAUUCUGCUAUUGACAACAUCCACGCACCAUAUGCUCCCCACCACCACCACCCCACAUCCCCCAACCACCCCACCACCACCACUCUGGACAACCUACAAACUCCUGUGCAGAUUUGAUUCUCCACCUCUCCUCCUGACCUACGCUAAACCCUUGCCUGCCUACCUGCCACCUUACCCCCUCACUUGCCUUACAAAUUUAUCUUCUGUCAGUAGCUCCCAAGAUAAUUAUGGAGCUUUUAUCUACAGAAGAGGGCAGCUACUGCUGUGGUUUCAAGACAGAACCAUUCCACGGAUGCCUGCAUGGCUUGCCACACUUUACUGAGUAGUUUCAACUGGGAAGGCUCUUGCCCCAAUGGUUCAGACAGAAUACUGCUCUCAAGGUAAGUGGGCAAUAUUUUGUCUGAUUUGUCAGAAAUAGGGAUUCCAACCCAGAUUGGAAGAUUUGGGCCAAUGUUCCAGUGAUGACCUUUCAUCAGAAAGUUGCAAUGAAAAGUCAUUAACAUGAAAUGUUGACUCUUUCUCUCUCUACAGUUAACCAGACUUUGAUACUUCCAGCAUAAUAUUUCUGUGGUUUCUUCAAAUUGAACUGGAGUUCAACAUUUUUUUUGUAUGUUUCAGCUAGUAACACAAAUUCAAUAACCAUUAUUUUUUGCUAUGUUAUAACUUCAACUCUGUUCUACCUCUAGAAAUGUCACCUUGUAAUUUAAUUUUAAAUUUUUACAAAGCUUUAAAUAUAGAAUAGACAGCACUGGUAACUUUUUUUAUACUCCAGAAGUGGUUAUACUCUGAUUAAUAUUAAUCUGGAAUGCAGUAGCUUUUGUUAACAGAUUGCCUGGCCCAGAAUGCUACCUUAUCCCUUGAAUGAGCAGGAAUUAACCUCAGCAAGGGCAAUUAUUUUUUAAAAACUUGAAAUUUGAAUGUAAAACAUAUUUCUUUAGAAUGCAAUAAAUUUGUGCAGAUGAUUUUACUGCUGCAAUAUUUAAAACAUUGUGAUGUUUAAUAACUUGAUGCACUGUAAUGUAUUCUCACAAUUAAGGUCAGGGAAAUACAAACGUUACUUCAGCCCGUUGUAUUUA